AUGAUCUCCUCCUCGCUCCUCUCGCGCCCCCGCCUCGCCCCGCGCCCCGUCCCCGCUGCGGCCUCCCCCUGCCGCGCCCGCCUCGCGGUCGGCGGCGGCGGCGCGCGCGGGCUCGCGGCCGGCGUGCGGUGCCAGGCGCAGGCGGGGGACAUGGACGCGCACUACAUGCGGCGGUGCGUCGACCUGGCGCGGACGGCGGCCGGGCACACCAGCCCAAACCCCAUGGUGGGCUGCGUCAUCGUCCGCGAAGGAGAGGUCGUCGGCGAGGGAUUCCACCCCAAAGCCGGCCAGCCCCACGCCGAGGUAUUUGCUUUGAGAGACGCAGGGGAUUUAGCUGAGAAUGCAACGGCUUAUGUGAGUUUGGAGCCCUGCAACCACUACGGGAGAACCCCUCCCUGCACUGAAGCACUCAUCAAAGCCAAAAUUAAGGAGGUUGUGGUGGGGAUGACUGACCCGAAUCCUAUUGUAGCAUCCAAAGGGAUUGAAAAACUCAGAAACGCCGGCAUAGAUGUAAGGGUUGGUGUGGAGGAAGCAUUAUGUCUCAGAUUAAAUGAGGCUUAUAUUCACCGUAUGCUUACUGGGAAGGCCUUUGCAACUUUGAGAACUACACUCUCGAUGAACGGAAUUGUCAUAAACCAAAUCGGGAGCGGAGCUGAUCAACCAGGAGGAUACUACUCACAGUUAGCAAAAGAAUACGAUGGAGUUGUAAUUUCAAGUGACAUGGCCAAGGCGACUACCUUACCAAUAUCACAAGAGGCUGGCGCAAAGCAGCCUCUUUACAUCAUCAUAGCGCAGGGAGAAGGUUCCAAAUUGCACAUCCCGUUUCUCGACGAGGAGUCUGCAUCUAACGCCAUAGUCCUUGCCGAUAGCCCCGUCGCCGUGGAGCCAUCGGGAGUCAGCGUCUCGGUCCUUGAUGAGAUGAACCUGGACUCCAUCCUUCGAAUUCUCGCCGAUCGAGGGUUAUGCAGCGUGCUGGUGGAUUUCAGAGAUGCCGGAGGCGCCCUGGCGUCGCUGCUGAAGGAUUUUCAGGAGGACAAGCUGGUGCAGAAGGUUCUCGUGGAGCUCUCUCCUGUGUGGAUGGUGAGCCCUGGGCCUAGCGACCUGGCGUUUGGUGGCAGCCAGUCGUUUGCACUCAAGAAUGUGGAGCACAAGGAGGAACCAUCCACCCACCUUGAGCCAUGCCAAAUCUUGUUAGCUCAAGAAAUGCCAUAA